AUGCGUUUCGCUACUCUUUCUGUUCUUUCUCUGGUCUCCGGUGCCUUUGCUGGUAACUGUGGACCUCAGAACGGAAACGCCAAAUGUGCUGCAUCUGAGUGCUGCUCCCAAUACGGCUGGUGCGGAACCACCGUCGACCACUGCGAUGCAGCCACCUGCCUGUCCCCCUUCUCCGGCUCCUCAUCCAAGUGCAAGUCGACACCCACAACCAUGAAGACGUCCACCACAAAGGCCGGCACCUCCCCCGCCACCGGCUUCCCCAACGCCGUCCCCGAAAUCGAUGUCUGCGGUCACGCCCAAGGCGGUGUCACUUGCCCCGGUGCCGGCGCAAACGGCUUCUUCUACCGCUGCUGCUCCUCCGCCGGCCACUGCGGCCCCAAGAACGACCUCCAGGACCAGGCUAUCUACUGUGGCGAUGGCUGCCAGGCUGGCUACGGAAAGUGCAACACCAUGACUGCGCCUCCUGAGCCCACUGCUCCCAAGGGCACCUCGCAAGCUGGCGAGGAGUGCGGUCCUAUUGUCAACAAGAAGUGCGCGACUGGUCUUUGCUGCUCUGGAUCCAACUUCUGUGGUACUGGAGCCGACUUCUGUGGCGCCGACAACUGGUGCCAGAGCAGGUACGGAAAGUGCAACUAAGUUGCGCCUUGGGGAGAAAGGUUUUUUUGAUGAUAGGUGUGAUAGAACAAUCUUGGGUAGAUAAUGAAUAGAUCAAAAAGGGAUAUGAGACACAAUAUAAAGUCUCGGCAUGCA